AUGGAGGUCCAGGGGAGUGGGGCUGAGCAGCCCAGGUCCAGGUGUCUGUUGUCCUCACACACCGCCUGGCCCCGGACCAGCCUGAUCAUCACUCUGCUGCUCAGUAAGACCUCUCUGUCUCAGUCAUAUAUAUCCCUAGUGCUUCUUUUUCAUCCUAUCCCUCUCUCUCUCUCUACACCUCCCCUCCUCUCUCCUCUCUCUCUCUCUGCACCUCUCUUCUCCUCUCUUUCUCUUAAGUAAAGUUUGAAGAAAUGUUCCCAAUUCCGCAAGCCCAACUGCCCUGUCAUGUACUAUGAAACAUUUACUGUAUUUGCCAUCUGAUGUCAUUUUGUCGUUCCAUAGAGUGGACUCAAUACGGUUAAAACCUUUCUCUCACUGCAGAGUGGUUGGCAAUAUUGUGGCAGCUAGCUUUUCACUGUAUGGAUUGAUUGGUGAAACUUUGUAUCAGAGUUUUAUUUGCGUGGUGGCUAGAAAAUGCAGUCAGUUUGCGUGCUGAAGUAUGUUUGAUGGAUAACUGGGCAUACGUAACCACAGAAUUACAUAUAGAAUAGUGAUUUUAUAAUCUCAGUGUACGUAACACCCCUCUGUUUCACAACCUGAAUCUGAGUUGAUCAAAGCUGCAGCAGUGGCCUAGUGUCUGUUCAGAGGUCUGUCACUAGAUAUGUUAUCCACAGUAUUAUUAUGCAGGACCUAUACAUACAUUUACCUAUUACAAAAGCAGUCUAUCAUAGCAAUAGUAUUCAUAAGAAUUUAAAGGGCUAAAAGGAAUAAAGGACUUUAUUGAUAUCAGACAUUUAACACAUAAUUUUACUUUGCCUUUACAGUAAACACAAAACGAAGAUAUUUUGUACAACAUGGAGUUACUAUAUUGAUUUUUCUUUAGCUUUUAACUCGGAGUCAAGUUGUUUCCAGGUAACAAUAUCAGUGUGAUGAGAAGGUCCCCUGCAGAUCCAGGUUAAUAGAGUAAUAAUGCAGUGGGGAAAUGGGAACUGGUCUGAGUUUAAGGGAUGGCAUCAUGGUAGCAGCAUCUGCUAUGUGAAUUAUCAGGGUAAUAAUAUCAGGGUAAUAUUACCCUGUUCCUUUUAACAGACAGCUGGACAAACCAGGAGCUGUCAGCCAGGCUCAGUCAGGCUCUGAUGUUCUCACGCUCUGAGCCAACAGGACUGCAGGAUCAGUCCAGCAUUACACCCCGCCCCUCCCUCCGCCCCCCUGAAGCCCAAUUCACCAUUUUAGCCAGAUUAUGCGCCUCGUUGGUUGCAAUUAAACUAUUUCAUACGCACACGAUUGCUGGGUAAUGUAGGACAUGAAGGCUGAUCGUUUUGAGGAUUUACUGAAUAAAUCAAAUGUUGGUCUAAAAUGUUAGAUAGUGAUGUUCUGGUUCUAUAGAUUGUAUAGUUGUACAGGUAGGUCUAUGAGGUUUCAUGCUUGAUGUGUUCUAGAAAGAGACACAUGUAGGUUAGAAAGUAGAGCAUCACUGUUCCAGUUAGAAGCCGAUCAUACGGGAGAACCUCAAAUAAAUGACAGUUUGGAAACAAAGCCAUUAGAUAAGCAACUCAAUGGAGACUGCUGCUGACACAAUCCAUAGGGGGGUCUAGGAGGGUCAGAGUGCCUUUCACCACCAAGAUGUCCUGAUUUGGCUGUGAAUGGGGAUUGGCAUGGGGCUGAGUCUUCGCUGGAUGAUGUCCUCCUACCUGUAUUUGUGUCUUACAUUCUUUUUCCUCUCAAAGUUAACCAGCCCCUUUGAGCCAUAUCCUGUUGAACUUCAGUUACCACUAUACAGUAUAUAAAUGGUCACCAAACAUCAGAGAAAAUAUACAGACAGAGAGAUGCAGAGGCAAGAGUAGAAUCACAAUGCAGAGUAACAGAGAAGGAAAAUGAACGACAAAAAGAGAGGACCAAAUAACAGUGAAGGAAAUGGAGAGUGAAGGACAAAAGAGAGAGAGAGAGAGAGAGAGAGAGAGGUGCAUCUGCCCUGUGUGAGUUUCUGCAGAAUCACUGUGCUGCAUUGGGGCAGAGAGAGAGAGUGUGUGUGAGUCAUUUCGAAGGAAUUAUGCAUUCAUACAUAUGUUCUCCCUCACUGUGCAGCCCACACUACAUCCAUAUAUUGUCCCAAACUGCAGGGGGAGGGGCUUGUCCUAACCUGACCUUGAGUCGGUUAUUGAUGAUGUCACACAGCUGAGGGGUGAUGUAAAAACAGAGGGGGGAGGAAUUUUGAGCAAUGGGGGCUGCAGAGGGACAAACAGAGCAAGAGAAAAUGGGACAGAAAGGGCAGACAGGACAGGUAAUACUAUUGGUUAGAGAAUUGGAGGAGAGGACAGACUGGGCAGAGGGAGAAGUGUGUGAGCAGCAUUGCUGUAUAGUCCCAGUGAGUUUAUGUACCCAGACUAACCAUCCGUUAUCUUUAGGUCCACUUGAGAAGUGUUGGUGUCGGCAUUAUCUGGAUUAUGUUAAAGAGGUGGCAGGACCUGCGUUAUUUAGAUUCCCUUAAAGAGCGAGAUGAGCCUGAACUCAUUUGCUAAUUACCGAGUUUAAUGAGCCUGCAUUGAGUUAAAUGGCCUCACAACAUCCCAAACACUGUAAUAAAAUACCACACACACACACUUGUAACUGUACAUAAUCUGCCUGGUAUAAAUACAAACUCAUACAUAUUCGUACAAUCAAUCACAAACAGUGUGAGCAUACACAUACAAACAGUAAUGGAUCGUUUUUAGUUUAUCCUUUUUAACAACUUACUGACAGAAAUACAGUACGCCCCUCUAUCUAUCUAUCUAUCUAUCUAUCUAUCUAUCUAUCUAUCUAUCUAUCUAUCUAUCUAUCUAUCUAUCUAUCUAUCUAUCUAUCUAUCUAUCUAUCUAUCUAUCUAUCUAUCUAUCUAUCUAUCUAUCUAUCUAUCUAUCUAUCUAUCUAUCUAUCUAUCUAUCUAUCUAUCUAUCUAUCUAUCUCUCUCUCUCUCUCUCUCUCUCUCCUCUCUCUCUCUCUCUCUCUCUCUCUCUCUCUCUCUCUCUCUCUCUCUCUCUCUCUCUCUCUCUCUCUCUCUCUCUCUCUCUCUCUUCCUAUUGUAUUCCCCCUCUUUUUCUCUUUUUCUUCUUCCCCCUACCUCUCACUGUGUCAGGUCUGUGGGUCUGUGCCAUGACAUUACUGCAGACCUAAGUGUGUGUAGUCUGUGAAUUGGGUAGACAGUGUUUGUACGUGUGUGUGCGUGCAUGUAUGUUUGUGGGGGGGGUGUAUGCAAAUGCAUGUAUGGAAGUGUAUAUACUUGUCCUAUCUUACUGUAAUAUGCACAUUCUCUCUAUACAAUAGUUAAGCUUAAGUGUAUGUUUCAGUAGUAAAAUGGGUUAUUGUUCAGAUGUUUCGCUGUUCCUAUCUUUCUGUCAGUAACUAUCUAUGGUAAGGUCAAAGGGGAAAUGUCAGAAGCAGAUAUGGUAUUGACCCUCAGUUGAGGUCAGACAUAGUCUUCAAAUGCCUGAUAGUUUUCAGGAUCAGUUAAGAAGGGAUAUGGGUAGAGGGGGUAGGGGAUUAUCACUUUUUUUUUUUUUUUACAAGCUCUAUGUCAAUGGAUGAGCUAUAGUAACCUGAGAAUGGACCAGAGAUACAUCUCUCUCUAUAUAUCUCUCUAUCUCUCUCUCUCUCUCUCUCUCUCUCUCUCUCUCUCUCUCACUAUCCUCCCUCCCCUCUUUCACAGAGUGCAGCACCAUUUGACACCAUUGUAAAAGAGAGGAGCUGGCUUGUUAUGCACUUGUUAAGUAAAAGAGACGAUAUUUCGGGAACGAUUUAAUUCUGGAAACAGUAUCCAUUGAAAUAUGGAAACCACAUGAGUACACUGUGUACUUUCCUUUCUCACUAUGGUGUGUGUUGUCUUUUCCCUUUCUGGAUUUCUCAGGAGUAUUGUGUACUACCUUAUAGAUUCUGCCCCCCUCCCUCCCUUCCAGGUGUGUGGUCUGCUCAGGGCCUGGAGAUGUCCACAGGGAAGGUCCCGUUCCUGGAGGCGCUAAACGGCAGUACUGUGCUGCUACCCUGCACCUAUGCCAGCUGUAUCGGCAUCAAAAACCUCUACUUCAACUGGCAGUACAACGACAACGGCACUAUGCAGAAGGUGGGUCAAAGCUGGCCUGGCCCACUAAAACACAGCACCCACACAACUACAGUCAUUCAUGUCAGCUCAGAUCUCACACAGAUAGGGCCACGGCUGGGAUAUUCAAAGUCACUGUUAGGAUGUCAUAUUUUCAAGUGUUCUAAUUUAGGUGGUGUAGACCAAUAGUUUUCUGCAACAGUAAGUGAUAUCUCUAAUGUGAAUGUUUUGAUUUGAGUUGUGGUCAGAUAUUGUGAGUGUCAGAUGAUUGACGGCUGCCUGGUCCUCUCAGGUUUGUGAGUCGGUGAUUCCAGCAGACGGGAUGGAUCCUCAUCCAGUAAGUAUCUACCGGGAGCGGGUGGAUUUUAUCGGCACCAGUGAUCACAACAACAUCUCCAUCCUGCUAUGGAACAUCACCUUUGAGGACGAGGGCCAGUACACCUGUUUCGGACGCAACCCCAAAGAGAAGGGCAAGAACCACAGCGCUAUCUUUACCCUUGUCGUGGUGGACGAGUGUGAGUACUAACUAGCAUUCUCUUUGCUUUACUCCAGGCAGAUACAUUUGGAAAUGCUAGGCGGGUAGUCGGGUACUACAAGCAACAACGUCUAGAUGUGUUGUGCUGUGUAGACGAUGCACUGUAGGUAGCUAAUGUCUGUCUGAUCAGCCUCUACCUUCUCCUCUCCCUGGCUCCUUCUCUGCAGUACGAGUGGUGGACAACACUCUCACCAUCAUAAUUGCUUCUGCAGUGGGCGGAGCCAUCGCCCUGCUGAUGACUUUCAUGCUGGUGAAGAACUUCAUCCUCUUCGUUCUCUUCAAAAUCGAGGAGAAGAAGUGAGUAAGACAGAGUAGCAACGAGACCACGGAGAGUAGCCAACUGGCCAUCCACACAGAGAAACACCUUUAGCUCAUCUUGGUGCCUCCAAACUGUAGUAAAGCAUCAAUACAGUCGGGCUACAAUUAUAAAAAUACGUGGAAAAGCAGGUGUCUCUUCUAACCCUCCUCUCUCCUCUGCUCCUCCCGUCCACAGAAAGAUCGAGUGCCUUGUACAAUCUUCCUCAGCAGAUGAAACAAACAAUGUCUCAGGAUCCAGAACUUCGAAACCACCAACACCAAAGAAGAAAUGAGAGUACUUGCAUGUAUGUACAUCCAUAUAUAAAUAUACAGUUAUAUCUAUGCAUAUAUUUAUAUGCAUAAACAUGUGUAUGUACACAUGACUCCAUGGGCAGGUUUCUUGGGCAGGUUUUUUGGACUGAGAAGCACGUCCGAUGGAGAUUCUUCAUUGAAAGUGUUUGUUAGUCCAAUAAGCUUAGGCUGUGUCCAGGAAACCGCCACCAUACGUUCAAGUAGAUAUAUUAUUUUUUUAAAUUAAACACCUAAACCUAGGACUGUUUUUCAUAUGAUAAUAAAAAGAGAAAACAAUUAUGAUUAAUUUAAAAUAUGCUUAAGAUGGGGAAUAAUGCUAUGUAAUAAUGCUGUUUAAACUGUGCUGGAUCCUGCUCCUCUCUUCACCAACCAACCCAGUUCAACUGAAACUGUCUACAAAUUCAAAUGUUAUGUUUUGUGGAAAAUAUAUGGGACAUUAUUCACAGUUUAAUUCAAUCUCCAGUGGCAUUAUACCACUUCAGAUUCAGCUUCAGUCCUAUUGAAUAAUACCUCUGAUUCGUAUCAAGUUUAGUUUAGUGUUGUUUAGAAUACAAUAUUAACUCUGCUAUUCCAAAAGUAAUUCAUUAAGCCUAUUGUAUCAUAUUUAGAAACGAAGGUCUCUAAAGGGGUGUUGCUGUGGUGAAGAGUGAGAAAUGAUCCAGUUCAGAACAUAAUACCUUUUCUUUGCUUGAUAUAAAACACUGGUGCCUGUUAGCGCUUCUAUCUUCCUCUGCUGGUAGGGAAGACUAAAUACUGCAAAACCAUUUACCAAACGCAGCAAAACGCAAAGGAAUAAUACUACAAGCUGAUGAAUGAAAUGAUAGACAAUCCCUUGAAACCAACCCCCUAGAAAAAUGAAUAAACCUCUACUAAUGCUGCUUUUAAGACAAAUAACCUUAAUGCAUUUAUAAGCAUGUGAAACCCCAAGGCAGAUUUAGAGACACAAUGCUUGACAAUAGAAAUGUACUCUCUCUUGUGUUCUUUUCUGGAAUCCCAGAUUUAACCACAUGUAAUGUGUUUAGUUCUGCUUUGAAGCUGGUUCCAAAUCUGCUCACAUCAUGCCAACCCCCACUACAUCCAGUGUGCAUCCAAUGGUUGGCUAGGCUAUGCACAGUACACUAUUAGGUAGUGGGUUUACUGGCUUGAACAUUUCUAUACUAUGUCCACUUACAAAUAGCUCUCUCUUUGUUGUACUGAACACAUUUACUCAGACCCAUGUUUUUACACACUGCAAUAAGUACUCAUAUGCUGCAGCGCAGCGGAAUUUAUGAUGGUUCAUUCAUGGCUCAUGAUUCAACACAAAUUCACCAUGUGCAGAAAACAGAUAUCCCUCAUCUACAGUCAUUACGGAUACCUCCAUUAACUACACCAUAAAGAGAUGCAUGGGGCAGCAGUUAUGAUGCAGGUAGAGUGAUAGACUGGAACAGAUCUUUACUGGACAGUGUAUAAUAGACACACAACUAAUAUCCCAUUUUCAGCCUAUUUAUUAUGACAAAACUGGGAUAACCCUGAGAAACCCACAUCUGAUCAGGAAUGGAAUGUACUCCUUUCAUUGGGUUCCUAAGUUACUAUGGAAAUCCAUCGCUAUUGAACUGCAAUGGCAUAUAUCCAAUAGUGGUACGUUUAAGACGCUGAAUGUCUCGUUUUCAAAAUACCUUCAGUGUGUGGGAAAACAUGCAUGUUCAGGGGAGAACUUAAUGUCUAUGUCCAUUGUCUAGGACCUUGCUGCAUCUGUCAUUGUAUAAACAUAACAAAUAUACCUCCCUCAAUCACUCAAGUUGUUUCUAAUGUGGACAAGCCCCAUUAUUGCUGUUCCCAUAGCAUAACCCCCAAAUAAGUGCACUGGCUUGUAACAAUAACAGGAGGGUCUUUUGGGAACUUUACUUAGAAAUGUAUAUUUUUGGGCUGUGCUAGAAGUGUAUGUAAACCACAGAGAUGUGUUGUA